AUGACCGAGCGGAUUCUAUUUCUUGGCUGUAUUGUUAGCUCGGAAGGAAUUUAUGUUGAUGACAGAAAGAUUGAGGCCAUUCGAAAUUGGCCUAUUCCCAAGAACAUCACUGAAGUUAGCAGCUUUCAUGGUCUCGCUACUUUCUAUAGGCAGUUCAUCAGGAACUUUAGCAGCAUCAUCGCUACCAUCAUCGAUUGUUUGAAGAAGGUUAGAGUUCAUCAAUUUUUGUGGACAGAAGCUACAAAUAAAAGCUUUAAAGAGAUCAAAUAUAAGCUUACUUCCGCCCCUAUUCUUACUUUACCUGACUUUGAUAAAUUGUUUGAGGUAGAUUGUGAUGCUUGUGGGAUUGGAAUUGGUGGUGUUUUCUCUCAAUCUGGAAAGCCUAUUGCAUUCUUUAGUGAGAAAUUGAAUGAAGUUAGACAGAGGUGGUCUAGACAGAGGUGGUCUACCUGUGGACAUUUUCCUACUGAAUCGAGUCAUGCAUUUAGCCAAGUCGAGUUGAGUCGGAACGAACCAGAACCCAAUCGAGCCAUUUAG